AUGUCCGACAUUGGAGUCUUGACAACGUUCUUCAAAGCGAUUAUCGACGCCUCACGAUUUUACAAGAAUCCGGAAUUCGAGACUAUUCAGCUUCACGGUGGUCAGAUCCCCGACUCGGAUACACGGGCGAGAGCAGUUCCUAUAUACCAAACCGCUAGCUUCUGCUUCAGAGAUGCGGAUCACGCAGCGGAAGUCUUCAACAUGAAUGACCCGGCUUUCGCAUAUACAAGGCUCUCCAACCCAACUAUAGCGGCAUUUGAGCAACGAAUGGCUCAAUUGGAAGGUGGCACUGCUGCUGUUGCUACUGGCUCCGGACAGGGCGCACAGUUUGUGGCCGUCGCUGCGCUCGUGCGCGCGGGUGACAAUAUCGUAUCCUCGUUGAACCCAUCUUUUUUCCAACUCAUUUUUUCAAUUUCGAUGUUCGUCAUUCCCCACCAUGUCUGUGCACACAGUCGAACUGUUCUGUAUUUAGCCAUUUGGAAGAACUUUGGUGUUUCCGUUAACUUUGUUUCCUCUGCGGAUCCAGACGCUUUUGCGGCGGCUAUUGACGAGAACACGAAGGCGAUUUUUAUCGAGGUCAUGGGAAAUCCCAGUCUCGUCAUGUUCGAUAUUGCAAGCCUUGCAGAGGUCGCCCAUAAUCAUCGGAUUCCUCUGAUAGUUGAUAAUACCUUUGGAGUGGGUGGAUAUCUCAUCAGGCCUUUCGAUCACGGUGCAGACAUUAUAAUCCAUAGUGCGACAAAAUGGAUAGGAGGCCAUGGUACAACAAUUGGAGGAGUGAUUAUUGACUCUGGAAAAUUUGACUGGCAUUCUGGCAAGUUUCCUGCCUUGACGAGCCCUUAUCGUGGAGUAGUAUACUCUGAGAAAUUUGGAUCUAAUGCCUAUGCUGCAAAAGUGCGCACAGAUAUGGCUUUUACUGGGUCAUGCAUGAACCCGUUUGGAGCUUUCUUACUUCUUCAAGGCCUUGAAACUCUUAGCUUACGGGCAGAGAGACACAGUGCGAAUGGAAUGGCUUUAGCAAAGUGGUUGGUGAAGCAUCCCAAGGUGGCAUGGGUAUCGUAUCAUGGUCUUGAAUCAAAUGAAUUCCAUCAACUGGCCAAGAAAUUAAUGCGUUCCGGCUUAUUUGGUGGAAUGGUCAAUUUUGCCAUCAAAGGUGGUUUACCAAAAGCUUGCAAGUUCAUCAAUAGCCUCAAAUUGGUCAGUAAUCUUGCAAAUAUUGGUGAUGCCAAGACUCUGAUAACACAACCGGGAGCAACGAUUUCUGUAUUAGGUGAGGAGGAUGCAGCAUUGACAGGCAUUACCGAAGAUAUGCUACGACUAUCAACUGGGCUGGAGGCUAUCAAUGAUAUUAUAGCGGAUUUUGAAGGAGCAUUUGAAGUUACAUUUUCUGAGGAUGAAGUUGUUUCCCCAGCGAUUGAUUGA